AUGACGACAUUUCUAUGCGAAGAAGGCAGCGGCUCUGCUUGGUUUACUUUAAAGAUGGAUGUUCAGUUACAUAUAUUUUCUGAAAGCACUAGCUAUCUGGUUUAAAAUCGGACUUUAGAAUGUAAGAUAGAAAAAAGACAGCAUGGAGGAAUCGUGGGAUUUUGAAUUUUUGUCUCGUAUGGUUGAUAAUCUGGUGUCCUUUCUGUCCGAAUUUGUGGACGAUUGGCUGGCCAACGACAUGCGAGUUGCAGUGUUUAAAAUUCUGUUCAGCUGGCUUGUCAUCAGUCUCGUUGCCAUCCACUUUGCAUGGAAAGUGUACGGGAACACGGUCAACGAUAUGUACUACAGACAGGGGACUGGAGGACAGAAUGGCGGGACUCCUGACACGGCGCCUAACCUGAGCGGAUGGGAAAGUGCAGCUGGUGAUGCCAAGAAAACCCACCGUGAGUGAUGGACUAAGAGCACCAAUACACAAGAUGGAGUAAAGCAACUGCAUGCCUUCAAGAACAUUAAAUACAUCAGAACUUGUGCCAUUAAAUCCUUUUUUCUUGUUAAGAUGUCUGUGAUGGACUGGUGCAAAACUCAAGGCCCAAACACAUGAAUAUGUGCUCGAACAUACACAACUGAAUGGUGCUGUGCACUGGAAAGGGAGCAUUAGAGGAUACUGUGAUAUAUAUAGCAGCUCUGGCUCUUUUAGAAUGUUUGUUUGGAUUUAAUUCUCAAAGCUAGUAGAUAGCAAGACUUGAGCGAUUCUCACACAGUAUCAUUUGACUAAAAACUGACAGGAAUACUAGACAAAAUGAAGGUCCCAAAUGUUCACAUAGUCAUUUGUUCUGUUAGUAGAAAUCAAAUAAUUGAUUUCAGUGAUGUAUGAAAAUAGACUCAACUGUACAGAAAUAAGACAUGCCUCUGCCAUGCUUUCAGGUGUCCAAAAGGUUACAUCUGUCUUUUGCAGUGCAAAUAAUAAAUACAAUUUGUACCUAA